UGAACCCAGCUACACGCGCAGGCGCAGUGGACAUUUUGACUACUGCACUGAGCAAACAUGGCGGCGGCCGUAGAUAGUGUUGUGCUCGGUGAGCAGUACUAUAAGGAUGCUAUGGAACAGUGCCACAGCUAUAACGCUCGUCUGUGUGCUGAGAGGAGCAUCCUUAUGCCAUUUAUCGACUCUCAGACAGGUGUUGCUCAAAGCAACUGCUACAUCUGGAUGGAGAAGAGACACAGGAGUGCAGGCAUGGCUCCAGGGCAGCUGUAUAGCUAUCCGUCUCGACGCUGGAGGAAGAAACGACGGUCCCACCCUCCCGAGGACCCCCGUUUGGUCUUCCCCCCUGUCAAAUCAGCGGAGCUGGAGCUGGGUCUGAAACGGGAUGCCGUGGGAGCGGUGGACGGCAGCAGCCUGGAGGCCUUGCUGAAGGGGGAGACCCUGGAGAGGAGGGGCCCGCCGGAUCCCCGGGCCCCGGAGGACAACCCAGCCACACCUGAACCUGUGGCUGCCAUGGUCUCCAGCCACACCUCCUCUGGACGCAUCCGCAAGAGGGUGCUGGACCACGAUGACUACCUGGAUGAUCUGGAUGAUGAGGACUUUGAGGAUGAGACCCCCAAGAGACGAGGGAAGGGCAAGUCCAAGGGUCGUGGAGUGGGAAAUGGAAAGAAGAAAAUGGAGGCAGCCGCUGCAGCCUUGGAGGAGCAGGACAAACCAUACGCCUGUGACAUCUGUGGGAAGCGCUACAAGAACCGUCCGGGCCUGAGCUACCACUACACACACUCCCAUCUGGCGGAGGAAGAGGGGGAGGACAGAGAGGAGAUAGAGUCCCCCCCCCCCCGGCGCCAGCCUGAGGCGCACAAGACCCCUAAGAAAGGCCCUAAUGGUCUGGCCCUGCCCAACGACUACUGCGACUUCUGUCUGGGAGACUCCGCCCACAACCAGAAGACCGGCCAGUCAGAGGAGCUGGUGUCCUGCUCAGACUGCGGACGCUCUGGUCACCCGUCCUGCCUGCAGUUCACAGAUGUGAUGAUGGCAGCUGUGAAGACGUACCGCUGGCAGUGUAUCGAGUGCAAGUGCUGCAACGUCUGUGGUACCUCAGAGAACGACGACCAGCUGCUGUUCUGUGAUGACUGUGAUCGAGGAUACCACAUGUACUGCCUCAACCCUCCUAUGACUGAGCCCCCAGAAGGUAGUUGGAGUUGUCACCUUUGCCUUGUGCUGCUUAAGGACAAGGCAUCCAUAUACAAGCAGCAGAGCCCCACCACAGAGGAUGAAUAGGGGACCCCACCUUACCACCCCACACAACGACAGUAAGCCCUCACACCCUGGUCCACACCCCUUCAAUGACCAGGAGCUAGGGUCUGGGUCUGAUUGGGGACUGGAAAGGAGGGAGUCCUCUCACCACAACCCUGUUGGCAAGCCCCACCCCUUCCCGUCUCUCCUCCUAUCAUGGCUGUUAUCUCCCCUGGACUGUUACACACUCUGCAGAGACUACCGUUACCACUGUCUCUACAGAGUUCAUGUUAGAAAGGAAGGAUUAGCAUCUCACGCUAACUGUUCCCCAACUCCCCCCCCUCCUUUAUAUGGUGUGGACUGCUAAGACAGGCAGUGUGCUUAAUUUGUUGCCAAAUUAUCUAUUUUUACUUGUUUAAAAAAAUAACCAAGUGUAUUGAUUUAUGGAUUUCAAAAUAUGAUCAUGUGGUUGAGGGAUAUUAAUAGUGAAGUUUUGUCUGUGUACUUCUUUUGGAUGUUUUUAAAAACAUUUAUCUCAAAGGUUUUCCUGCAACAACAAAAAAAAAAUAAGGAACCUCUGGCGCCAAGGUCCAUAUGCUCUGUCCCAAAUGACACUCUAUUCGCUACAUUGUGCACUUCUUUUGCCAGGGUCCAAUAGGGUGCCUUUUGGGAGGCAACCAUAGUCAUUCUAUUGUGACUGAAUCACAUCCUACUGCUGGUCUGAUUUUAAAUCUAACAUUAUUGAACAUUUGUCAGCUAUCAUCUUUAAGGUUUUUGUAGCUGUUCAUAUCUGUGCCACAAUGAGAUAGGCACAUUGCAUGCAGACUUGCACCUGUACUUGAGUUCGAAUGCACACACACUCAAUUCUUUAGACUUUGAUUUAUUAUAUUUUUACAUUUUAUAUAUCACUUGAUAUUCCAUGGGGUUGGGGAUUUUUUUCUAGUAGAAUUUUGUAAAGUACCGGUAUAUACUAACGACGUCAAUGGAAAACAAUCAUAACACAAUGUCAGUACUGUAUGACCUUUUGUAUUUGUUUUAAGUAUCAUUUAGAUUGCUUUUCUUUUGUGAUAUCAUGUUAAUGAUCUCCAUAAUGAGUAUUUAUGGUAAAUAAUGUAUUUUUAUUUACUUUUUUUUUGUAUUGAAACUGCUUUUGCCCUAUUAAAAUGUCAAUGUAUCUGCUAACAAAAAUGU